AUGUCGAAACCUCGUCGUGGUAUCGUUCAAGCUGUUAUUGAUGGCUGCACACUCAUAGUCAAGUUUGUUGAUGAACCAAGCAAACCAGUUGAAGCCGUUUUGCUCGAUUUCAUUACAGCUCCAAAGCUUGGAUCAAACGAUGGCGUUCGCCCAGAUGAGCCAGACGCUUGGAACUCAUUCGACUUCCUUCGUAAGCUUACACUCGGCAAGAGAGUCUUAAUUUAUCCAGCAAAUACAAAAGGCGACAUUUUCCGUAACCAUCCUAACUUUGGCCGCAUUCCAGGAUUCCCAGGUCGUGCUGAGCUUGUUGAUAAGGGCAACAUGGAUGUUGGUAUGGCCGUCGUAGAGAGUGGCUGGGGCAAAGUUAAGAAUGAAAGAUCACAAGAUGACUACGCACAGCAAUUACUUACCCUCCAGACAGCUGCCUCCGAUGAAUCUCGUGGCAUGUGGACAGCCAGUGGCCUUGUUCGUAAGCUUCCAGCUCCAUAUGAUCCAGAUGACCUUCUCAAGAGAAAGGAAUUCGAAGGUAUCAUCGAAUCAGUUCAGAAUGGUUCUACAUACUCUGUCAUUCUUCUUCCAAACUUCGAAGUUAUCUCCCUCCAGCUCGCAGGUAUGAAAUGCCCAGGAGCUCGCCGCGAAAUGCCAGAUCCAUUCGGCUUAGAAGCCAAGCAGUUCGCAGAAGCUCGUCUCCUCCAACGUGGCGUUAAGGUUACAAUCCACCAAGCCCAGGAAAGAUCUACUAAAAACGACAUCUUCAUUGGCCAGAUUGUUCACCCACAAGGAGGCGAUAUCGCACUCUUCCUUCUCAAGGAAGGUCUCGGCCAGGUCUUCAAUCCAACAAUUAGCCUCAUUCCACGCGGAGAAGAAUACCGUGCUGCAGAAACAGAAGCAAAGAAGGCUCGCAAGAACCUCUGGAAGAGCUUCGAUGUCUCUACACUCAAGUCCGGACGCGUUGAAGGCAAGGUUGUCAGAAUUUCCGGUUCAUCCUGCCUCGAAAUCGAAACAGUCACAGGAAACAUCGAAAAGGUCUACCUCUCUAGCUGCAAGGUUCCUUUGUUCAACCCUGUUGGCCAGACAGAACCACUCGGUUUCGAAGCCCGUGAAUUUGUUCGUAAAUUAACAAUCGGCGAGAAGGCUAUCGCACUCAUUGAUUACACAGUAGAGACUCAGUCACGUGGAACAAACGCUACAGAGCCAAGACACUUCGCUACAGUCUACAUUGGAUCCAAAUGUGUCCAAGAAGAGCUUGUUGCCCAAGGCCUUGCUACAGUUUUCACAUCCAGAAACAACAAGCCAUCAGACCGUAUCGACAGCAUGAUGCGUGCUGAAGAUGAUGCCAAAUCAAAGAGAAUUGGCCUCCACGCAACAAAGCUUCCAAACGCUGCAGCCUUCAACGAUCUUUCCAACAAGCCAAACCGCCAGAAAUCCGUUCCAUACCUCCACUACCUCGAGAAUAAGAAUCUCAACGGUGUUAUCGAAUACUUCGCCUCAUCUACACGCGCUGUCAUCCUUAUUCCAGAGCAGUCAUGCAUCAUCCGCAUGAACCUCCUCGGCGUCAUCGGAAACGACCCAACAGAGAGAAUCGGAAACAAGGCUCUCCAGUACAUGAACGACAACUUCCUUCUCAGAGACUGCAUUGUCAACGUACGCGAUGCAGACAAGUACGGCUGCUUCAAUGGCUGCCUCACAGCUGUUGUCGGAAAGAAGCAGAUCUGCCUCGAAUACGACCUCGUCCGCAAGGGAUUCGCCGAGCUCCACACAACAAUCUCCCGCCAUCCAAAGCGCACAGAGAUUUCCGAAGCUCUCGAAGAAGCCAAGGAUGAAAAGGUCGGAAUGUGGGGAGACGAAACAAGAAUCCAGAAGGCCCUCAUCCCAGACAAGGUCUACGAAGUCAACGUUACAGAAGUUUGGGAUCCAGUUACAGUUGUUAUCCAGAUUCAAUCAGAAGAGCUCGCCAAGAUCAACAAGGGACUUGUCCAGGCCAGACAGGCUGUCGGCAAGCUCAUGAAGGGCGAUCUCGUCGCAGUCAUCUACGAAAGAAAGCUUUACAGAGGCAGAAUCCUCGAAGUCGAAGAUCAGCGCGCCAAAGUUGAAUUCAUCGAACUUUGCAUCAACGAUACAAUACCAAUUGCAGAUCUCAGAACGUUACCAGAAGAACUUACAAAGAUUCCACCACAGGCCAUGUCAAUCAGACUCGGUGGCUGCAAGGCAUUCAACUUCAACAACCAAGACUUCGAAGAGGAGGCAAAGGAUUACGUAUGGUCAUUAUGCGAUGGCCAGACACUUUACGCUCAUUUCAUGUACGACGACAGAUCCGCUCCAGAUCCAGACGUUCUCCUUACAGAUGGACCAAGCCCAGAAAAUGGCUCCGUCAACUCAAUGGUCCUCUCUAAGGGCUACGCUAGAUUCAACAAUAUCCCUGUUUCUAAGUCUCUUGAACCAGUCAUGGAAAGACUCGAUACAAUCGAAUCUGCUGCCCGCGAUAAGAAGGUCGGCGCUUGGGUAUUUGGAAAUGUCGGUGAUGAUGACGAUGAUGAAGACGAAUAUUAA